UUCGCUUCAGUAGGCUACUUUGCAAGGACUGCCGUAGCGGCUGCGUCGUUGCUUAGCCCAGUCUUUGGGACGGCGGUGUGUCUAGAAAUCGGGGGAUAAGCGCGCAAACAAGAAAGCAACUUGCAAUUUUGGUCUUCCUUCGGUCGAGAUGGCUUCUGGAGCAGAUAGACCAGAUGGCGGGGAUAGUGAAGAAGACGAACCGGAAGAUGUGUACGAAGUGGAGAGAAUUAUUGACAUGCGAGUGGAGGAGGGGGAGGUGUUGUACCGCGUGCGCUGGAAGAACUACACGUCAGACGACGACACCUGGGAGCCCGAGGCUCACCUGGAGGACUGCCGAGAGGUGCUACUGGCAUACAAGAAGUGCCUCGCCGAGGCCCGCGUCAAGAGAGAGCAGAGCGGGACCCCUUGCAGCGAUGAUGGUGCAAGGCCCGUCCAAGCACCAACCCCCACUGCAAAGCUGCAGCUAAAGAGCGACAUCUUCAACGCCGGCUCGGACAGCAGCGACUCGGACCGCCCGGCCGCCGCCGCACCCAUCAAGAAGAAGAAGAAGAAAAAGAAGCAGCAGGCGGACUCGGACGACGACGCUGUCUCGCGGAAAGAAAAGAAGAAGAAGAAGAAAAAGUGGAAGGAGGACAAGCCGCUGCCGGCGCCGGAGACGGACGAGGAGGAGGAAGAAGAGGAGCCGGUCGCGGAGAAGACAAAAGAACCUCCCACCCCCUCCUCUUCGUCAUCCUCCUCGCAGUCCCGCAAGGAGCAGAAGGCCGCCGAGAGCAAACGCGGGAGACUCCAGGAGUCGGACGACUCGGACGCCGCGCCCGUCGCCCCCAAGAAGCACAAGAAGGAGGGCAAGACCAAAGAUGGCGGAAACAAACAGAAACAAAAAGAGGAGGAAGAGAAGAGAAAGCAACAACAACAGCAGCAGCAGAAGAAGAAGCAGCAGAAAUCCAAAAAGAUGCUGGAGUCCUCAGACGAUGACGACGACGGCACCAACAGCGAGGUCACCACCGCCGAGACGCAGUCCAUCACCAACGAGGACGCCGAGAGCCAGAGCGACACCCCGACGGCCAAGAGCAAAACCUCCUCGUCCACCACGUCCGACAAGGACAAGGAGCGAUCGCACCAGAAGUCCUCCGACAAGCAGCAGAAGCAGAAGGGCAAGUCGGAGCUGAAGCUGCAGGGCCUGAAAGACCUCAUGCAGGACAAGAAGUCCAAGAAGACGGACGGCGGAUCCGGCUCGGGCUCCAGCAAGGAGAGCACGCUGAGCAAGCUGAAGAGCCUGACGAGCGCCAGCAGCAAGAGCCACAAGGUGGCCAAGGGCACCGAGGAGGACGCUGACAAGAAGAAGGGGCAGGAGGCGUCCUCUGCUGCCCAGUCACAGAGGGCGCCGUCUUCGUCGUCCUCCUCCUCCUCCACGGGCCGGGGUAAAGAGGAGGAGAGCAAAGGGGAGGUGGGAGGAGGUGCAGAGAAGGAGCGCGGUGGAGGAGGAGCUGGAGGGUCCAACUUGUUUGAAGAGUUCCUGCUAAACUGCGAGGCCAAGGACAAGCAAAAGAAGGUGCCAGAAAAGGGUGCAUCCAGGGCGGACAAGAAGUCGAGACCCUCGAAGGACGAUGCACGGCGCCCAGACGCGGACAAGAGCAGAGAUGCCUCCCGCUCAGGCCAGAGCCCCGCCACUCCAGAGAUGGAGGUGGAGGAGCGUGAGGAGCCGGCCGCAGCCUCAUCGAGGUCAAAGGUCUCCACAUUGACAGCGGAGGAGGAGAGGCGGCGGAGGGAGCGCAUGGAACCCACGCCAGACUACGUGGACGAGGCCAACCGCUGGAGGCAGCAGCGGCGGGACGGCAGGAGGCCGGACAGCGAGACGCGGGGACUCGGGGACGACCACCUGGACAACACAGACUCAGCGGCUGAUCGGGGACAGGCGUCAUUGAAUCUGGGGGUGGACAUCAAGCUGGACUGGAUGACACUGGAGGAUUUCCAGAAACACUUGAACGGGGAAGAUGAGAUCCUCUCUGCAGAGCCACUCACGCCGAGUGAGCUGCGAGAGGCGGUGAAGAAUGGAGACUACCUGGCCGUCAAGCUGGCCAUCGCCUCCAAUAUAGACUACAACCUGGACCAGGAGGACUCCAGUGGCAUGUCUCUGAUGAUGCUGGCGGCGGCCGGGGGUCAUGACGACAUCCUGCGUCUGCUCAUCAAGAAGGGAGUCAAGGUCAACGGCCGCCAGAAGAAUGGAUCCACCGCACUCAUGCACGCAGCCGAGAAGAACUUCCUCACCACGGUAGCCAUUCUCCUGGAGGCCGGUUGCCAUGUCAACACACAGACACUGGGCGGAGAGACAGCACUGAUGAAGGCGUGCAAGAGGGGCAAUGCGGACGUAGUGCGCCUCCUGCUGGAGUACGGCGCUGACAGCAACAUCCUGUCCAAGCACAAGAACACGGCCAUGCACUUUGCCAAGAUCAGCAACAACCUGGCUGUCUACGACCUCAUCAAGGACCACAUCAACACGUUGUCGACGGUGGCGGAAGAGACAAUCCGAGCGUACUUUGAGACGCGACUGGCGCUGCUGGAGCCAGUGUUCCCCCUGGCCUGCCACCGGCUGUGUGAGGGGCCAGACUUCUCCCUGGACUUCAACCUCAAACCCCCCGCACACAACCCUGGAGAAGGAUCGGGCGUGCUCCUCUUCAUCUUCCACGCUAACUUCCUGAGUGAGAUCACGGCGCGCCUCUGUGGGCCCUGCAGCGUCCACGCCGUCGUCCUCAACGACAAGUUCCAGCUGCCCAUCUUCCUGGACAGUCACUUCAUCUACUCCUUCAGUCCGGUGCAGGGAGCCAACAAGCUCUUCAUCCGACUGGCAGAAGCCCCCACUGCUAAGGUGAAGCUCCUGAUCUGUGCGUACAGAGUGCAGCUGCAGUGAAGGAGGACUACUGAGCUCCUGACACCAGGAAAAGAACGAAACGCUCCUUUAAGCAGUCUCUCUCUCACACACACACACACACACACACACACACACACACACACACACACACACACACACACACACACACACACACACACACACACACACACACAGAUUUAAACCACACAUUGUCACACAGGAGUACACAAUAAGGAUGUGUGUACACAUGCUGACACACACACCCCAAUGUGGACACAAAAACUGGAGCUCGUUUGAACAGACAUGGCAGAGCGAGAUGCAGAAUGGGGCAUCGGGAAGUAAACCAACAUGAGCACGAUGGGAGACUUUGACAUACCCAGUGGUCCAAGCGGCAAAGACCACCCACCCUGCCUUCCUUUGAAAAGAAGAGUGAACCUUUCAAUCUUUCUUUUCUUUUUAUUAUUUUUGUUCUCCUUUGUUUUCACAAGCAGCACCUGCGUACGUGCGUGCGUGUGUGCCUGCCUGCGUGCGUGCGAGCACAUUGUCCCACGGACCCCACACAUACACACACGUACACACAUCACGCCUUCCCUUUUGAUGUUUUAAGAGUGAAGGUCAUUUGUAAAUCUUGUUUGUUUGUAUAUUUUUUUCCUCCAUAAUAUAAUUUAUCCUCAGAUUAAAAGAUAGCUCCCACCUUGUGCUCUCAAACCAUUUUAUUCUGGGACCUGCCUUUGUGUGCAUGUGUGUAUAUGUGUGUCUGUGUGUAUAUGUGUGUCUGUGUGUUUGCGCAAGAGACACAGCAGUGAUGGUAAGCUAUCUUUGGGAAGGGACCAGGUCACUGGGGCUUUGGACAUUUGGUGGUUUGGUUGAGAAUGUAAACCAAACUCAGAGCUGUCGUAUUUUCUUUUUGUUUUUACGAAACGUGUACAUCUGUGCCCUCAAUGCCUUUGCUUCGUCCCCAGUUAUUACAAGACAAGUGACUUACGAGUGCCCAGUAUGUACAAAGAUCUUCAGCAAGCACUGGGUAGAAAUUGGUGCGUGUGUGCAUACAGGAAUCUGUGUGUAUGCAAAAGGACAGACUUGUGUGUGCACCACCCACAAGGGCUAUGGCGUGCAUGCAUUGGGAAGCAGCACAAUGUGUUUUUACAUCUUCGUUUCACUGGGGAUCGAUCACUCGAUCAAUCAAUCGACUGACUGACUGACUGAGGUCCAUUAGUCCUUUUGUAUGAGAUGGAGGCUAACUGUUCAACUCUAAACUUGCUGUCGAUCUCCACUACUGAAAGAGAGAAAGAAAUGUAAAAUAACCUUGUCCUGAGUGACUGUUGGAUCUUUUAUUGCAGGGUGUAAUUGAAAUGGUAUAAAUGUUUCAAGAACCCUGA